GUCCGAGAACAAAGUCCCGACUAAUCUCGGGGCUGCAUGGGCCCUCAGCAAUGAGUUUUUCUUAAGUGCACCCCGGGUAAUUCAAGGGGAAAUUCCUCUAGUCUAUGGCCCCUAGAAAUUGUUUGCACCCAAGAGGAUUUGAACCUUAGAGCUGGAGAGAGCAUACCACCAAUACCAAGGCCCUUAAACAUGAAUGGUUUACGCAUUCAGAACAAGAAAAAACCAUAUAGUGGCUACUAAUAUUUAUUUUAUUAGUUGAGUGCGAUAUAAAAUGUCUCGAAGGUAUGAUAGCCGUACGACAAUAUUCUCCCCAGAAGGUCGUCUCUACCAAGUUGAAUAUGCAAUGGAGGCCAUUGGAAAUGCCGGAACCGCUAUAGGGAUUUUAUCAAAGGAUGGAGUUGUUUUGGUUGGCGAAAAGAAGGUUACUUCCAAACUCCUUCAAACUUCGACAUCAACUGAGAAGAUGUAUAAGAUUGAUGACCAUGUGGCAUGUGCUGUUGCUGGAAUAAUGUCGGAUGCCAACAUCCUUAUCAACACGGCUAGGGUCCAAGCCCAGCGAUAUACAUUUGCUUACCAAGAGCCAAUGCCUGUGGAACAGCUUGUCCAAUCUCUAUGUGACACCAAACAAGGCUACACACAAUUUGGUGGGCUCCGUCCAUUUGGUGUAUCGUUUCUGUUUGCAGGCUGGGACAAAAAUUUUGGUUUCCAGCUUUACAUGAGUGACCCAAGUGGAAACUAUGGUGGUUGGAAGGCUGCAGCAGUUGGGGCAAACAACCAGGCGGCACAAUCAAUGCUUAAGCAGGAUUACAAGGAUGAAAUCACAAGGGAAGAAGCGGUUGAGCUUGCACUGAAAGUGCUCAGUAAGACAAUGGACAGCACAAGUCUUACUUCAGAUAAGCUGGAAUUGGCUGAAGUCUUCGUCUUGCCUUCUGGAAAAGUUAAGUACCAGGUAUGCUCACCAGAAUCCUUGAGUAAGCUGUUGGUGAAGUUGGGAAUGACCCAACCUGCUGCUGAGGCUUCCUAAGAUAUCUGUUUUCGUUUAGAUAUUUUUCAGAACCUAUCUAGCACAUGCUGCUAUUUUAAAUUGUAUGCUUCAUUUUGUAUGACGGUAAAAACAGGUUAUGGAUUCUUCCUCAGGUACAAUUGCUCCUUCAUUUGAUCUUCUUAUGUUUGAUUAA